GAUAAUGCGGAAGCGAUGGACACGGAGCCAAGUGAGAGGUCAGAAUCUAAAAUAGAAGCAUCUGCAUGUGCAUCAGCUUCAGUAAAUCCACAAUGUUUACAAGCAGUUAUCAGUAACGACCCUGCCGAAUGGAAGGCCAACGAUGCUACUAUCGAUUAUUUGUUGUCCUUACCAAAUGAAAUAUGCCAAAAUACAGAUGAGGAUUUUUCACUAACAAAAACUGUUAUUGGCAAUAAGACACGGUAUCUUACUAAGAACGUUUUCCGUCGGAAACUUGCCAAUGAGGAAGAACAACCUCGUAGAUACUUAAUAUAUUCACCAUCAAAGAAAUCCCUGUUUUGCAUUCCAUGUCGUCUUUUCGGAGGAACCUCAAAAAUGGCCACUGAUGGCGUAAAUGAUUGGAGUAAUGUAAAUAAAAUUUUGAAUUUACAUGAAAACUCCCACGAACACGCCAAAUCCCAAGUAACCUUAUUGCGGCGUCAACAAAAGCAAAACCAAAUUGAUUCAUUGCUGUGUCAGCAAAUAAGACUCGAAGAAGAUUACUGGCGAAAAGUGUUAAAGCGGGUGGUUGCAGUGACUAAAAAAUUGGCUUCCAGAGGUUUACCGUUUAGAGGAACAGUUGAAAAAUUCGGCAAUCCAAACAACGGAAACUUCAUGAUGUGUCUGGAGCUCAUAGCGGAAUUUGAUCCGUUUUUAGCCACGCAUGUAUCUCAGCACGGAAAUCCGGGAAGUGGUAAAACGUCAUACCUCUCAUCUACAAUAUGUGAAGAAUUUAUCGACUUAAUGUCGACUGAGGUUCUGAAUCACAUUAUGUCCGAAAUUGGAAAGUCAAAAUACUAUUCAAUUAUAAUUGACUCAACACCCGACAUGGCACAUAUUGAUCAAUUAUCCGUAAUCAUCAGAUAUGUUACAGAAAAUGGAAAACCAGUAGAGCGCUUCGUUGGCUUUUUGCCAAAUGUGGGACAUAAAUCUGAAGAUAUGGAAAAUGCUGUAAUUUCUAAAUUGGAGAAGCACAAUUUGGAAUUAAAACAUUGUCGAGGUCAGUCCUACGACAACGCUAGUAAUAUGUCCGGCUGUUACAGUGGUUUACAAGCAAGGAUUUUGAAACGCAACCCGCUCGCUGAUUACCUACCAUGUGCCGCCCAUUCAUUGAAUUUGGUUGGCGUCUGCGCUGCCGAAUGUGCCGGAGAGGCUGUAAGGUUUUUUGAAACGGUGCAGAGCCUAUAUACUUUUUUCUCGGCGUCUACUCGUCGUUGGGAAAUUCUACUUUCCAAUUUAAAACCCGGCGCUAAAGUUCCAAAACGGGUCGACGGAACAAGAUGGUCUGCACGCCAUGAUGCUUUAAUGAGCUUACGCGGGAGCUGGAGCAAUUAUUUAAAUGCUUUGACAACAAUUGAAGAAGCGGUUUCAGAAAAACCAACGGUUCGAACGGAGGCAGCUGGGAUUAAACGUCGCUUAAACCGUUUCGAAUGUGCCUUCAUGUCGGUUUUUUGGGAAGUGAUAUUGAGCGUUUCCAUAAAACCAACAAAACUCUUCAGGGCGUCGAUAUCGAUACUGGCGACGUAACUAGACUCUUUUUAUCAUUGAUAAAUUUUGUCAAAUCUUUGCGAAAUACUGCCAUGUUUGAA